AUGGAGCAUGGUAUGCCGGGAGCCGUGGACGGUGGAGUCGGAAAGCUCGCCUCUAUGUUAUUUAACGAGGAAAAGAUCUUGAAUAGCGAUGCAGCGCAGAUGUUGAUGGCAGAGGCAGAUCCUGGAGACAUCCUCUUCAACUGUCUGCCGGAGCCCAGAACCCAUCCGUAUCGUUCUCUUGUGGCGGAAGAGACCUUCCCGUUCGACGCCGGGCGACAUGAGGCCCCAAGCACUAUCCCCGAAGCGACCAAGCAGACAACUUUCAGAUACUUCUGCGCCAUCCAGUGCUUUUCAAUCGCUCUCUCGAAGCCAGGCCUGGUUGACCCCGUCUCAGAGUCCCUCCGCGCGGCUGCCGAGGCGUUCGCAAAGAACACCAACGUUAUCACCUUCAUUGGCGAGUUGGCUUCUGUGGCCCUCGAUUCGACGUCCGACAUAAACAUUGGAGAAGGCUCUACCAACAAAAAAUUCGAGCACCUGGCGUACUAUAGGUGGCUCGCCCUCGGCGCCAAGGACGAAGACGACCCCUUCGAAGAUCAUCCCAAAAAGAAGAAAGCACCAUCACACAAGCACAUCCCGACCGACAUCCUGUCCAGCGUCUGUGGAAACUGUGGCAAGGGCGGUGCUAACCACAACUGUGACAAGUGCCUCAUCCGGAGCGAUGGCCGCAGCGCCUUCAAGCAGGCCUACUGCAACAAAGCCUGCAAGCUUGCCCACGGGGCCGCACACAAGACAGCCUGCGAGGAAAUGCAGCGAGUCAGCCGCGCAGCAUCCAUGUUCAAAGAGGUGUUUGUGCACUACCUCCUCAAGAUGAACUACCACGACCUCACGGACAUCACCGAGAAGGACGGGCUGGUCGUCAACACUCUGGCGAGCCUCGCGCCCAAGGCCUACACCGGAGGCAUUGCCUUCCACAGCUUUCCUACCCAUCUGGCUCGCACUCGCGAGGAGGCCGUGGCGUCCCUGCUGGCUAUCCAGACCCGCGAGUGCCUGGACAACUUUGAAAACAUGCUCAAGACCUUCUUCAGAAGAGUUGGCACCGACCUUGUCAUUUUCUUUGGCGGAGCGAUCACAACUAGACUCCCCCUGGUCAAGUCGAUUGAGCGCGUCUCUGUGCUCCCGAAAAACGUCGAGCGCCCGGCCUGCAACGUGGACGGCGACAAGUCCGGCAUACUGAAGCAUUUCAUCUCCAUGGAGAGCCAUGACCUGAUCCGCCUCACGACUGAGUCAGGGAUCGAGCUCGCAUUCGACCCAACCGGCGCCCAGUUUGGUUGGUCAGAGGUCAUCACGCCGUGGGAGGCGUACGAAAGCCAUCGAGUCCAGCAAAUCAUCUCGGCCACCGGCCCCAAUGACAUCGUGAGGCCGGAAAAGCACCAGUAUAUGUUGAUGAGGUACGGGUCGGCACAAGGCCAGCAGGUGGCGGAGGUCCUCACCACACGAACCAUCAUGAUGAUCAAGCUGACCACGGUCCUCAACGCGGAGAUUUUCAAGGGCGGCGGCAUGUUCAAUAUGACGAAUCUCGGCCACGAUGAGUUCCUGUCCACCCAGGGUCGUCUCUUGGAGGCUUGCAAAGAUGCCAUCGACAGCCGGGCUCUGAACUGGUACUCUGAUCCCAGCAACCGAUUCUUCAUGAACAGCUUCUUGAUUCCCGAGGUGUGCGGCACGACGGAGGACGCCGACAGGCUCAAGAAAGUCUGGCUGCACCAGGCAUUGUAUGAGGCGCUCAAGGACAAGCAGACCGACUUGCACCGCCUGUGGUUCCCUCUGCUUGACAAGGCCGGGCUCUACCACAAUAUGCCUGGCUCCCCUGCUUAUCCUUUUGGCAGUGCUGCCUUCCUCUGA